AUGACCACUCUUCGGGUGCUGCUGCACAUAGCCGCUCAGCGCGACUACGAGCUUCACUCUCUUGACUUUAGCACAGCUUUCUUGCAGGGCAGCCUGCACAAGGAGAUCUGGCUGCGCCGCCCACCUGGCUUCACUGGGUCGUUUCCCCCUGGUACCCAGUGGAGCCUCCGGCGGCCAGUCUACGGUCUCCGCCAGGCGCCCCGUGAGUGGCACGAUACACUGAGGACUACACUUGCGGCCCUUGGGUUUGAUCCUUCUACUCCCGACCCGUCGCUGUUUCUGCGCACCGACACCUCUUUGCCGCCGUUCUACAUCUUCGUGUACGUCGACAAAUUGGUCUUUGCCACUGCUGACACUGCUGGACUCGCCCACGUGAAGUCCGAGCUGCAGAAGAGACACACGUGCAAAGACCUGGAGCACAUGGCUGCAGCGAAGAGGGUGUUGCGCUACUUGUGCACUACGUCGGGCAUGGGGCUAGUGCUUGGAGGGCGACGUCGAGUGGUCCUCACAGGUCACGCAGACGCUUCUUGGGCUGACGACCAGGCUACGCAGCGGCCGUCACAGGGUGACACCUUCAGCCUUGGCUCAGGCUUUGUUUCGUGGCGGUCUACCCGCUCGUCUUCUGUUCUCGGCUCCAGCUGUGAGGCGGAGAUCAACGCGGGGGCCAUGGCUGCACAGGAGCUACGGUGGCUCACCUACCUGCUGACUGACCUAGGAGAGCCGCCUCGUUCUCCUCUAGUUCUGUACGUAGACAGCAAGGCCAUGCUGGCCUUGUCUCGGGAGCACAGACUGGAGCACAGAACGAAGCGCAUUGCUCUUCGCUACUUCCUUGCUCGUGAGCUACAACAGCAUGGUCAGCUGCGGCUUGCUUACGUGGCCUCUAAGGCCAAGAGUGCUGAUAUCUUUACCAAGGCACUUCCGCCUGGUGAUCAUCAGCGCUUUUGUACGAUGCUAGGUCUUGUGCCUACUUGGCCUCACUUGCUCACUUCUUGA